AUGACAGAAGAUGCACUGGACAUAACUAUACUAAGCAGGAUUUAUCCAUUUUUAAGAAAAACAUGGAAAUUAUUUGAAGACCUUGAUGAAACAGUGGAAACUAGAUUAGAAAAUGUAAUAUAUCAAAAUAUAUGCACGCCAGUUACUGUUAUAUUAAGAUUACAUGAUAAAAAGUACACUGAUUUUUGCAAGAAACUUAUAAGAAAUUAUAAUCUACUUUGUAAUAAUCCAAGUGAAUGCAAAAUUAAUCCUAGCUAUUGUAAGGACUUGAACAAUUGGUUGUAUUAUUAUAUAAAAAAAGAAAACCUCGAUGGAGAGAUUUUUAAUAAUUUUUUCAAUUAUAUUAUAAGUUACUCGAAAAUGUAUGCUCCCGAAAACAAAAUGUGCUUAUAUUCAUACGAUACAAAUUAUAUAGAACCGCUUAAAGUUCUAAUGCUAAACAUCUUUGAAUCUAAUAUAAGUGAAAUUAAGGUAGUAUUAGAAGGUCCGCAUGAUAUAAUGAAAUGUUAUUGUCAAGAAUUUGUCAAGAAGAUGGUACAAAUAUAUAGAAGUAUGAAUUCUGAGUAUUGCAGUAAUGGCAAUGAAACAAAAGAUAAAAAUAUGAGAAUUUGUUCUGUUUUAAGAACUUUUAGUAGUUUGUACACAAUAUAUCUUUAUAAUAAAGAAUCUAUGAAAAGUAUAUUACCCUCAUUAACAUCUGAAAAUAAUAUAGAAUUUAUUAGUUGUGAAUCGAGUGUUGAAGAAAAAAAAUUACAAUUAGAAAAUGAAAUAUCAACAUUAACUCAGAUUGACACAAAAAAUAAACACCAGGAAUUUGAGUAUCAUAGCUCAAAUAUAACUAUAAUAAAUAUUUUACCAACAUUUCUAUCAAUAAUUGGUGGAUUAUCCUUUUUUUUUAUGUUAUCCUAUAAGGUUCAUAUAAUGCAUUUUACACCAAUUGGUAACAUCUUUCGCUCCAAGAAAAGAGUAAAAAAAGUAAAAAGUAUAUAUGAUGGAGUUGAGCAAAAAGAAUUAUUAUACCAUACACAAGAUAAUGAAAACAUUAAUUCAUAUAAUCAUAGAUAUGACAUAGCAUAUGCAAAAUUAUAA